UGAGCGCGAACCGAACUCUGACUUAAUCUCAGUAUACACAAGUGCACACAGAUUUCUGAUGGACGCCGCUCGAUACUGGCACUCACUGCUGCUGGUCUGCAUUUUUGUGGCUCAGAAUCAGCUGACGAAUGGCCAGCAAUCCGAGGGAUCGAUGUCACCAUGCGGCUUAACGGAAAGUUGCGUCACCGAACAGCGCUGCAUCGAGUCGGACGAUUCGGGACGCGGUGCAAUUAGGCCAAGGAUGGCGCGCGUCUGCGGUGAAGGGCUUGUGUGCUGCGACCAGGAGCAGCUCGACAGCUGGGACGCCGAACAGAAUAGGACAGAUGGACAUAAAGCCACAACCACACCCAUAACCACAAUCACAGAGGAAUCCUUCUACGAGAGCUGCGGCAAAGACAUGGAAUGUGUGCCACGAAAGCUAUGCCGGGACAACAUUAUUAUCGACGAUGGUCGCUAUCUUGUGCAUCCCCGCAUUGGCGAUCAGCCGUGCACAAAACCCUUGCAUCGCUGCUGUGCUGUGGACCAGCGAGUGGCCGCCAAUGAGAGCUCGUACGCUGUCAAUCUGAAAAACUUUAAGUACCAAGGCUGUGGGCGUAGCAAUGCCAAGGGCCUCAUCGAUGAUUUUAAGUACCAAGAGGAUGUUGCGUUCUUCGGUGAAUUUCCCUGGAUGGUGGCGGUGCAUACCGGACGCAAUCUGUACCUAUGUGGCGGUACUUUGAUUCACCCACAACUAGUUCUGACCAGUGCCCACAAUAUAAGGAACCAAACAGUGGACACUCUGGUGGUACGAGUGGGUGACUGGGAUCUCAGCAGCUUCGCGGAACCAUACGAGUUUCAGGCGCGCCGCAUAAAGCAAAUAAUCGCCCACGAGGAAUUCGAUCCCGGUGCCCAUUACAAUGACAUUGCACUGCUGGUGCUGGAUGAGCCCGUUGACCUUCAGGCCCACAUUCAACCGCUUUGUCUACCUCCGUCAGAAACGCCCAAGCUGUUGGCGGAGUUGCACAGGGCCCUGUGCUAUGCCACAGGUUGGGGUAGUCGACUACCGGACACCAACCAGAAUGAGCGACAGCUAAAGCGUAUAGAUUUACCCAUUGUGAGCAAAGCCGAGUGCCAGGGUAAUCUGAGACUCACACAAUUGGGUAAGCGUUUUCGACUGCGUCCAAGCUUUAUCUGCGCUGGCGGCGUCAAGGGGAAGGAUACGUGCAAUGGCGACGGCGGCUCACCGUUGUUCUGCACCUUGCCCGGACAGACCGAUCGCUAUCAACUAGUGGGCAUUGUUUCGUAUGGCGUUAGCUGCGCCCAGGAAGACGUACCAGCCGUCUACGCAAAUGUUCCAUACCUACGCAGUUGGAUCGAUGAGAAAGUGAAUUCACUGGGCCUUGAAUUGGAGACCGUUUAAGCCAUCAUUAUCAAUCAAUAUCGAAUACUUAUAAAGAAUGAAUGUUUAUGCCCUGGGAAGCUGUCCAAUAGAAAAUUAAUAAGAGGAUUAGGAUGCAGUAAGUUCGAUGCUCUUGCCUUUCUGCAAAACCUGGUAACUAUGUCAAUAACCCAUGUAUUCUGAUUAAAUAAUUUAAUCGCUAUUGUACCAACAAAUUUUGAGUAUAGAAUUGAAGAUGAUCCUUAAAUAAUUGCUUCGUUACCCAGAAUCAGAAAUAGUUUCGCUUAUUAACUCAACUAAUGUAAGAACUAACGCAUUCUAAGUAUAGGCACAUGCCAAUAUUUAAGCACAUGUUCUGUUUAUGUAAUCAGUUUUAAUCCAAAACAAGCAAAUUUAUUGCCACUAUUAUUGGCCGUUGAGUAUAACAAAAAAGAGGAAAGAGGCAAAGUAUCUAUGCGCCCCCAGCUCAAAAUAGAAAUAGCUGAGUCGCAGCAUAUUGUAGCUCGCUGGCCGUCAAGGAAUUCUCAAUGUUGCCAUAGCUGAAAAUUAAGUGGGUUUUGCAGCACGGGCCAACAAAAAAUAUAAAAAAAAAAAAAUGAAACAAUGAAGACUGCCUUGGAUGGCGAACCGAAAAUUGAGAAAUUACAUGCUGUGAAAUAGCUGGGGAAUUGAUUUUCUGGUGGCGGUGGUGCUGCUCGCCUCCUGAUGCGGCUCCUCCUGCGGCUCCUCCUGCGGCUGUUGCUGCUGCUGCUGUCGCUGGCGACGUCUUCGCUAAAAACCCAUUUCUCAAGUAAAUUGCUAAGAAAUGUUAUUUAUUGGCGUUUUUCAUGCACAUGCAACUUGCUAUGCUCUAGUGCAGCCCGCACGCUUAUCGAUUUUCCUACAGCAAAUAUUCGCCUCUAUUUUGGAGUAUUUGCAUUUGGCCCUACGGCUGUCCGUGCACUGGUCCAAAUUCACGCCUGAUUAGCUUACAUUCCUUGGUCUCCGAUAUCAAA